ACAGCCCCCGGCCCCGUGCAGAGGGCUGGUGUCUCUUGGCAGUGCGUGGCGGUGGGAUCUGCGCUCUGGUGUUUUGGCGGGCCAAGGCUUGGAAACACGAGUGGGAUUGAUGUGUCACUGUCUCCUCAGUCAACAUGAAGCCCCGAAAUGCGGUGGACACUCUCCUGAGAGCCCUGGGGAGAAGGGAAAGUGCCCGAAUACCAAGUAGCCGCCGGCCUGGGAAGGUGUCAGAGCCUCACAGCUUCAAAGAGAAGGUUUUUAAGAAGAAGAAAAAGGCAUGUAUAGUGUGCAAGGAGGCCAUAGAAGCCCAAGGGCUUGUCUGCAAAGUGUGCAAAAUGGCAAGCCAUAAAAAAUGUGAAGCCAAGGUGCCAUCUUCCUGCCAGCCCCUCCCUCCGGGUGAACUGAGACGGAAUACAGCCCCGGUCCGGCGCAUUGAACAUUUGGGCUCCACCAAAUCCCUCAAUACUGCAAAGCAACGGAACACAUUACCCAGAAGCUUCAGUCUGGACCACGUAAUGGAGCGCAAGUAUGAUUUUGACCUCAUCUACAUCACUGAACGUAUCAUCUCUGUCUCUUUCCCCCCUGCUUUGGAGGAACAACGUUACCGUUGCAAUCUCCAAGAGGUGGCACAAAUGCUAAAAUCCAAGCAUGAGGACAAGUAUCUGCUCCUCAACUUGUCAGAGAAACGGCAUGACAUCAUCCGGUUGAACCCCAAGGUGCAAGAUUUUGGCUGGCCAGACCUGCAUGCUCCACCUCUGGACAAAAUCUGUUCCAUCUGCAAAGCCAUGGAGACCUGGCUAAAUUCGGACCCUCAGCAUGUGGCUGUCCUUCAUUGCAAGGGCAACAAGGGCAAGACGGGUGUCAUCGUAGCCUCUUACAUGUACUACAGCAAAAUCUCUGCAAGUGCAGACCAGGCCCUCAGCACACUAACCAUGCGCAAGUUCUGUGAAGACAAAGUAGCUGCCUCCCUCCAGCCAUCCCAGAAGAGGUAUAUUCAUUAUUUCAGUGGGCUUCUCUCAGGCACCAUCAAGAUGAACAGCAAUACACUUUUUCUGCAUCAUGUCCUGCUCCCAGCCAUUCCUACUUUUGAGGGUGGAGGAGGUUAUCAACCUUUCCUAAAGAUCUACCAAUCCAUGCAACUGGUCUACACCUCUGGGAUCUAUAGCCUCCAUGGUGCCAGUGGAACUCAGAAGCUCUGCAUCACUCUGGAGCCAGCCUUGCUCUUGAAGGGAGAUGUCAUGGUAAAAUGCUACCAUAAGCAGCUGCAGGGAGGAGAGCGGGAUGUUGUGUUCCGUGUCCAGUUUCACACUUGUACCAUCCACAGCAGCCAACUCUGGUUCAGCAAAGAUGAGCUGGAUGAAGCCUGGAGAGAUGAAAGGUUUCCCUUUGAAGCGAGUGUGGAAUUUGUCUUCUCUUCCAGUCCAGAGAAAAUUAAAGGCCGAGAAGCCUAUAGAAACAGUGCUGAAGUUGCCGUGGAUUACAGUAUCUCUGAUCCUAUAGUCCGCUGGGAUUCCUAUGAGAACUUCAACCUGCACCAUGAGGACAGCCUGGAAGAAGUCUUACAUACUCGGGGUCCUCUGGAUGGAAGCCUGUAUGCGCGGAUCAAGAAGAAAAGUGAGCUGAGUCACUUCUCCUCCAGUAAUGGCAGUCCAGGAAGCCCAGAGUCUCCUCCACAGCAGGGCGGACGCCUCCUAUCCAUCAGCAGCGAUUCAGGGCACUCCUCUAUGCUAACUGAGAAGGCGGAAGACAACGCACCUCCAUCCAGGCCACAGCCCACACCAGCUGAGAAGGAAGAGUUGGACCGGCUCUUGGGAGGGUUUGGCGUCCAACCUCAGCAGCCAAGCGAGGGGACUGGUUCCCAUUCAGUUUCCCCUUCUGCCGCUAAAGAGAGAGAAACAGCCAUCUUGGAAGAUGAACUUUCUGAUAUAGGUCAGCCAGGAACCUCCUUCUCCUACCAACCUCAGCGUUCUGGCCUGGCCCGCCAUUCUUCUUGUCGCCUGGAUUACUGUUCCCAUAGCCCAGAGAGACCUCACAACAUGUCCUAUUAUAGGCCGGACAGCCUUUUGGAGCGGCGGCAGCCCAUCUAUAAUGGGGGGCACUCUCAUCUGCAUUCCGAGGGCUAUGAGGAGAAACGGCGAGUGCUUCGUUCCCUUUCAGAAGGCCUACAGCCCCAUACUUACCCCUAUGGCCAUGAGCUGCUGCCUCCUCACAGCCCUAACCGGCGGGAGCACAAUGAGCUUCUUAUCUUGGAGGACCAGCCUACAUUUUUAUGCCCAUGCCAAGAUUGCCAAGAGGUAGCACGGGAAGAAUCAAGGAUGCCCAUGGCUUCCUUCUACAACUUACACCUGGAUCAGGAACUGGACUUCUGCGGGGUAGAGAGGCCAUCCAUGCUUCAUCAUCCCCUCCACCGGGGUGGGCAGCCCAUGCCUAUUCUAAUGCCAACCAGCUAUGGGCACCGUCCCAUGCCCCAUGGGCAGCAUCAUUCGGCUUUUAACUUUGAGCCCAACAUGAUGGCCACCCAUCUAGGCCAUGGUUAUUCAGCCCACCAGAGGCCCAAAGUAGCAGAAGAGAAUGCAGAGGCGUUUCCUUAUCCUCGCUAUGGCUCAGCCUACCCUCCAGUACCACCAUAUAUCUGUGGCAGAGCCCCAGUCAAGCCCUGCCUUUCCCCCUACACCUCGGGGUACUUGGGGUCUCCUCACUCAGGCUCCAUUUCACCAACCAGCCCUCUGUAUCCACCAUCCCGGAAGCAUGGAUAUGAACUCCCAGAGGGCAGUGAUGGAUACUUACUGCCACCAUCCACAGAACGAUUAUGUGAGCUGCAAGACUGCAGGGAGGGCAUUCCAUGGCAAGACCUGCCCACCUCCCUACAGCAUCAUCGGCAGGAGGUCCGAGCUGUUUGUACAGAUGGAUCUAGGUCUCCCAUGCCUGUGCACACCAGCAGUCCAGUAUUCAACAACAACAGCCCUGGAUCCCGCAAGCCCUGCCACAAGACUGCCAGCCCCCUGGAGAACGUGCUCCAGGCAAACCCCGAGGAGCAGUCCUCUCCUGGGUACAAAAGAGCCCCUGAGAGAAUGACCCCAUCAGGCAACCCCCCCCAGGUUUUAUCCCCAAUGCAGACUUUCACACACCUCCCUGCCUUCAGGCCACAAGCUAACGGAGCUCCCCAGAGACCUGGCCUCCAGGCCCCGCAGCUGUGCCCUCGCAAUUAUUGUGCUUCUAGCUCGCCCCAUGGGCCUCCUUCAGCCACUGCCAACCCCUCUCCCUUCCUGGAAGGGCAGCAGCAUCAAAAUGGCUCUGAUGCCCCUGGCCCUGGUGCCACAGUGCCACUCUCCCGCUCGUUGCCUCCUGAAGAGGCUGUGGGGCAUCAGCCAGGCCCUACCAUGGAGAGACAGCCCCAGAGGCUCAUGGCCAAGGCUCCCUGCCCCAGCCAGCCUCUUCCUGGCUGCAGGACGGCCUCCGGAACCGCAGCAGUCUAUAACGGGAGGCUGCAGGGUGAGCGAGACGAACUGGAGACUAGGGGCCUUCCCCGCUGCCCCAGCACCAGCCCCUCUCUCGGGCCCUGCUCACUCAGCAUCCAGCCCCCAGCCCUCGGCUGUGGCCUGGCUGACACGCAGGGCUCACCGACUCCAGCCUUCCCCAUUGCGACAGCCUACUACACAAGCACGGAGGGCGGCCCUGCCAGCAGGGAGCAGCCCCGGGAGCCCCAGCAGCCUCCACUGCCGGAGAAGCAUCACCUGCUGGCCACCCAGACCUGGGAGAGGAACUCGCUGCCCGGCCGUAGCCCAGGCUCUGCCCACCAUGUCACCUUUGCCCCUGGAGUGCCUGAUGGCAGUGCCCCUGGCCCAGAUCUCCAGCAAGAGAACCAGGUUAGCGUCAAAUUUGUCCAAGACACGUCAAAGUUCUGGUACAAGCCCCAUUUGUCUCGGGACCAAGCCAUUGCUCUCCUGAAGGACAAGGAACCUGGCACUUUCCUCAUUCGGGACAGUAACUCCUUCCAGGGGGCCUACGGCCUGGCUCUGAAAGUGGCAACACCUCCCCCCAGCAGCAUCAACCAUUCCACCAAAGGAGACCCUGCUGAGCAGCUGGUGCGCCACUUCUUGAUUGAGACAGGACCCAAAGGGGUGAAGAUCAAGGGUUGUAACAACGAGCCUCAUUUUGGCAGCCUGCCAGCACUGGUCUCCCAGCAUUCCAUCACCCCCCUCUCGUUGCCUUGCCAACUCCGCAUCCCAAGCAAAGAUCUCACCGAGGAAAGACCAGUGCUGGCCAUUCCCACCAAUAUGAGCACUGCUGCUGACUUGUUGAAGCAGGGAGCAGCCUGCAGCGUGCUUUACCUGAGCUCUGUGGAAACAGAAUCCCUGACAGGGCCGCAGGCUGUGGCGAAGGCGACCACCAGUACCCUGGCUGCGACUCCCCAUGCUUCUGCCAGUAUCGUUCAUUUCAAGGUGUCAGCCCAGGGCAUCACACUCACUGACAACCAGAGGAAGCUGUUUUUCCGGCGACAUUAUCCAGUGAAUAGCAUUACUUUCUGCAGCACAGAUCCUCAGGACCGCAGGUGGGCCAACACAGAUGGCACUACAGCCAAGAUCUUUGGCUUUGUGGCCAAGAAACAGGGCAACCCAUGUGAGAAUGUCUGCCAUCUUUUUGCUGAGUUAGAUCCUGAGCAACCAGCAUCAGCUAUCGUCAAUUUCAUCACCAAGGUUAUGCUGGGUACUCACCGGAGGUGAAGGCAGCUUGGCAACUGCUCCAAGCCUCUCACAUGGCAUUCCUUCCUCCCCAGCUUGACCGCCUGCCUGGAUGCCUAUGACGUUUGUGGAAUCCCCUGCAACAUGGGAACAGGAUGUCCAGCUCUACAUAGAGUUACUCAUAGGAGUUUUCUACUCUCUCCACUUUAGUCCUUUCCCUUUUUCCCGCAACUUACUGACCAGGUAUAGUGGAGAAAGGGCCCACUUGAUCCCAAGAGGAAGUGCGCAUUUCUCUUUUAACGUUUCUCACUAACAGAGAAAACACCCAGGAACAAAAACUUUGGCGAAGACAGCACGACUUAGAAUAGUGUGCUAAUUCUUCCAUACACAUAGGCCAAGGUUUUGUGACUUGACUAUAGUUAAAUGCAUUCUAAAGCAUCCAGGAUGGGGAACCAUGUUGUACAGCCAUAGAAGAAGGAGAGAGAGAUUACUCUAGCCAGGCCAAAGGUCACACUAAAUUACUUUGGGGCACAUUUAAGAACCACCACACUUUUGGUGGCAAGCAUGGUUCUUUUGUCUGCUGCAAAACAACUAGUCUAGAUGUGUUUACACAGCCUGGGAAAGACCAUCUGGUGGCCUUUCCUUUCUGCAAACAGCAUUGAUCUGGACAAGCAUGCCACUUUUAUCUCUCUCCAAACAUGCAGAUUCAGCAUGACAAUCUUUAUUAGUAAGGCAUAUCAAAUCCUAAACUUGUUUUCUCUCAUUGAGACAAAGUGGUGCCCGGCUUGAUAAGAAGCAAUGAAAUAUCCUUGGAAUUUUACAAACUCAGGUUCUAGCUGUAAAGUUGGUAUUUUGGAUUCUUAAAUGUAUGUCUUUUUAAAAAAACAACAGAAAACUUCCCUCCAGAUUUUUCUUAAUUGGUUGCUGGCCCUACUGAUUUAUUGGGCCUGAAAACCCCUUUAAUCUGAUGUCGUCGUCUCUGAAGCCUGGAGUUAAGCUACUAUUAUUUUUUCAGUUUCCUUUACCCUUCAAGACACAUGUUUGGGUAAGCAAUUGUGCUGCUGUUCAAUGCUGCUCUAUGCGAAUCUCCGAUCUGGGAUACAAUUGGUGCAAGCUGCUACUGUAGGGUAAUAACUCCUGAACUCUCUCCAGUGCUUGAUUUUCAUCUUGAAUUGAGGUUAACAAUGGAAGGAGAAACCAACAGAUCAUGAAUUCUUCAAUAUCAUGGAAGUGGUGUCCAAGUAGGGGGAACACAAAAACUCGCAAGUAAUCCAAGAAACUCAUUAAGAAUUGCAUCUUACUUUUACCCUUAUUUGUAAUGCAUAUUGAACGUUCUGGCCAAUGUAGGCUUUACACUGAAUUUGCAAAAUUGAUUGAAGCAAGAAACACUUUAAGCUUCAUAUGUGAAAAUACUCCCAACUGUGUGAGAUACCCAUAUAUUCUACUGUGCUAUGGAGAUGAGAAGCUGGAACAGACACAUAAUACAUAAGUUGUUGUUGAUAUAAAAUAUCCCAAUUGACAAUAGGUCUUAAAUACCUUGGCCACCAAGUUCUAUAAUG